CGAUCAAAAUCCAUCCACCGCGCAAAGAAUCGUCAACUCAACACACGUGCACCUCCCCCGCCUCACUAAUUCCCCACGACGGCGAUGCAACCCGAAUUCAUCGACCGCCCAUAAAACGACUGAAAGGGAAGCGACCGUCCCUUUCCGGCCCACCAAGCCCACCCACCAAGGCCGCCAUUACUGGACUAGUAGUAAGCCGACGAGGCUUCCGACCACCGCCCGCCCGCUGCCGUUCCUCCUCCGCCACCACCAGGGCACCACCACCACCAUGUCCUUGUGGCGCGCGGCCGCCUCCCGCCUCCUCCUCCGCCGCUCGCCGCCCCUUUCACCGUCCACCGCCUCCUCCUCCUACGCUCUCCUCCUCCACGCGCGCCCCUUCUCCCCGCCCCCGCCGCGUCCGGCCCCAGCGGAGGCCGAGGUCACACCGGCCGAGGCGCGCCGGCUGGUGCGCCUCGUGGGCGUCGAGGUGCUCAAGCGCCGCCUGCGGGACGGCCGGGACGAGGUGGUGGGCUACUCCGAGCUCCUCGACGCAUGUGUCGAGGCCGGCGCGGCACGGACGCACGCCGAGGCCGAGGAGCUCGCGCGGGCCAUGGAUGACGCCGGCGUCGUGCUGCUCUUCAGGGACAAGGCAUACCUGCACCCCGAGAAGGUGGUGGACCUGGUUAGAAGAGCUGUGCCACUUGCACUCGGACCAGAGAAUGACCCGAGAAAAAAGGAGUUUAAGCAGCUCCAGGAAAAGAAGGAAGAGAUUGACAAGCUGGCACACAAGCAAGUACGACGUAUCCUAUGGUCUGGCUUAGGGUUCUUCAUGUGCCAAGUGGGGCUCUUCUUCCGUCUCACAUUCUGGGAAUUCUCAUGGGAUGUGAUGGAGCCAAUUGCCUUCUUCACCACUGCUUCUGGCCUGCUUGUUGGCUACGCCUAUUUCCUCGUCACCUCAAGGGACCCGACGUAUCAGGACUUCAUGGAGAGGCUGUUUUUAUCGAGGCAGAGAAAGCUUUGCGCCGCACAGAAGUUUGAUAUGGAGAGGUACAUGGAGCUGCAGAAGCACUGUAGGUGUCCCCUGGAAGGCCAUCACCCUCAUGGUCCCAAGAUUCAUGGCUUGUGACACCACAGGAACUAAAGUUUCUCCUCUGUUACCUGAAGCUUCACACUGCACUCUCUAGGUUGUAGAACGGGCACUAUUCACAUGCCUUUCAUCUGAUACUAUAGUCCGAGAUAGCAAUGUAGUCCUGAUAGAAUGCAUGGAUCAUAUAAGAGUUACCCUUUAGCUACAUAUCAGAGAUAAAUGGUGAACCCAACUGAAUGUUCAGACCUUGCUAAUAUAUCAUGUGUAUUUUGACAGAUUGUUUUGAGGACCUAAAUACCUAACAUGCUGAGCUAUGCCGGUAUAUGUUCCAGGCAUAGCCACCAAGAAUACAAGAUGACACAGGUUAUGCAAGUCUCGAA